AUGGAUAAACACACAAGGGUAAAUUAUGCUCUCCUCUUCCGACUAUGGAUAAAGACUCUUUUUGUUUCAGAGGAUGGUGGUUUGAUUUGGAAAACGGCACAACAUGACGUUCAGGAAUAUUUCUGGUCGGGCUUCACGGUCGAUAGUAAAAAUACCAUCUACGCCCUUCAUGGUGCAAGCACAAAAACCAAUGCAAACCGAAACGCGUUUACACUUUCGAAAUCGGUGGAUGGAGGAGAAACAUGGACGCAGAUUUUGUCAGAUGUUCGGAAAAUUUGGGCUCCUGAAGCUUUGCGAAGUGACGUUGACAUUGACGAAGAUGGGACUAAUUCCCAAUAUGAACCAUCUGGACGCUUCCUUUACGCCUCGCACUUUAUAGACAAAGAAAAGGGUACUCUUAGACUGAGCGUUUCGGAUGAUGGCGGCAAUAAUUUUCGACAGGUCUAUUUGCCAACUGUUUUUUCUGAUAGGUUUUUCAGUGUGCUCGAGAUAGAAAGAGACUGCGUAUUUCUCCAUGUCGAUGAGCCUGGUGAUACUGGCCACGGUGUACUGUACGUAUCAGACAGCACAGGCACAGUGUUCACGGAAUCAUUGCGUCGGCAUUUUUAUCCCAAUAACGCUCCAGUGACAGAUUUCUACCGCGUUUCAUCAAUGCCAGGCACAUUUUUGGCAACACAACUCAAUCCCGAUACAACACUGCGAACCGUCAUUACCCACGACCGCGGCGCCACCUGGCACGCCCUGCCUGUGCCCGAGGGCCUCGCGUGCGAGUCCCCACCACCACGCGCCAACAUGGCAGAGAGACAGGCCCGCUCGGUGAACCCAGUCCCAGCCGAACGCCUUAAGGCCACCAACGCAAUCAACAGCAACGCAACCAAAGAGACCUUGGCAGCGGUGUGUGGAUUGCAGGUGAGCAACCAAUUCAGCCUUCGCAACCGCGUUGUCGCCUCCCCUCCAUUGGCUACUUCAACGGCUCGUGGACUGAUUGCAGUUCAUGGACACGUUGCAACUCACCUAAAAACUACCCCCGCUGAUGUGUUCAUCUCGACGGACGGUGGAUACACCUGGCACAAGCCUGCCCAAAUCACCACGCACAGCCAACCUGCACUCAGCUUUAAUGCAGGUGCUGAGGGUCUAGAUGGCCCGCAUCACUACCAAAUCGCCAAUAGAGGAGGUCUGAUAGUUGCAGUGCCUGCAGACACACUUUGGGUAGAUAUUCUGCGCUUCAGUACAGAUGGUGGUCGAUGUUGGCACAACAUACCCCUCACGCCUUCUACUAAACAUCACAGUUCCUACUUCACAAGCAAAUCGUCGCCUUCGUUGACGACGACAGCGACGCCGUCUACUGUCACGUCGACAUUCGCCUCUCAACAAGAGACCCUACUAUCCUCCUCAGCCAUGUCGAUGGAGGAUGAAACAGUUGUAUUCACGGGUCUCGUCACGGAGCCUGGCGGUAGGGCCAUGACAGUGGCCGUCUAUGGCUAUGGAACACUUAGUCAGCGCUGGCGUGUUGCUGUUGUCGAUUUUGCCAACAAUGGCUUCAUUACGAAGAACUGUUCGAUCGACGACUAUGAGCUGUGGUACCCGCAUCAGACGGACGCGGGCAGUGGACAUGCGAACGACGGUUGUCUACUUGGAGUGAAGGAGGUUUCUUAUCGCCUGAAAGAGGACUCCCUGUGUUUCUCUAACGUCGAGUUUCGGAUUCCCCAGUCCUACGAAAUUUGUGCCUGCACUGAACUUGAUUAUGAAUGUGAAUACGGUUACUGGCGGGAGUUCGGUGGUGGAGGCAAAUGCGUUGUGAAUCCCCAUGCACCUCCCCUUGAUAUCUGUGAUUUGGUGGGACAGGAGGUGUCAGAUCAUUUGAUGGAGAUGGUCGGUUAUCGUCGGAUCCCCGGAGACCGCUGCGAAGGCGGCUGGCAACCUCCUCUCUCGAACCAGUCAUUCGAAGAUCGAACGCUGCACUGCCCACCCAAACGCAAGGCUUUUGGAUUGCCUGCCCAAGUGAUUACUAUUGUUGUUGCGCUUCUUAUCUUCGUUACGUGUUUGGGUGCGGUAAUUUGGUCCCGUUGUCGCCACAAGUGUCAGAACCUUCAUCAUCGUUCCCACUUCCGUGGAAUCUUUCAGCGUUGUGUUCACAAUUCUCGCCUCACUCCGCAAAACGGCCUUAAAAGUAACCCACUUUUCCAAAAUACCGUCUUUUUUUCAAAUGAAGACAUUGACACCACAAAAGAAAUACCGUCCAACUUCACAAUGCCGAAGGUCGCAUUCAGUGUCCCACAGCAUCUCGUGCACUCAAACGUCGUCUCAGCUGUUGCCCACGCCGUUAAUCAAUGUGGCAUCGGUGGAGGAAAAGGCUCAGAAGAUCGACUGGAUUUACUUGAAAAUGAGGAAGGUUUAGGGGAGGAGGAGGAGGAAGCUCCGUCAACUAACCCGGCAAAUACAAAUCUCGCGAACAAUCAACAGGGUUCCAUGGGUGACUUGCUUUACUAG